AUGCAGAGCUUGGAACAACACUUCGACUGCAUUCGAAUCUUGUACAGCUGCACGGACAUUCAAAAUCAAGUUCCUGAUGGUGACGAAGAGAUUUCAGACUUUCCAGGUGAUCCCGCUGGAUUGUCACUACAGUUCAAAAAUGUCACCUUCAAAUAUCCACAAAGCAGCAAACUUGCCUUGGAGGGUGUGUCUUUCACGAUUGAGCCGGGGCAACUCUGCGUUGUCGUUGGCCGCAACGGCAGCGGCAAGAGCAGCAUCGUCAAGCUAAUAUCCCGGUUGUAUGACUGCACGGGUGGUAUGAUCCUAGUGGAAAACCAUCCCGUGCAGCAGUUUCGUUUGACGGCGUAUCGUCGCCUUGUCUCCACCUUGCCUCAGGAGUUCACCUUCUUUCCGUUGACUGUGGCGGAAAACAUUGGACUAGGUGAUCCGGAACACGCAGAGGAUCACGACCGCAUCCUCAAGGCUGCCGAAUCGGGGGGUGCCAUUGAAUUCAUCGAGAGAGAUUUAGCUGACGGGUUUAGGACCCGUUUGAAGGGCCCCAGUGCCUUUCAUAUUCAUUCAGGCGAUGAUCGCUUCAGCCAGUGGGCCAACAAGGAAGUACAAAAGCAUCGGGCCACAAGCCUCAGCGGAGGACAGUGGCAAAAGCUCGCCCUUUCAAGAACAUUCAUGCGAUCAUCUGACGUGUACCUUUUCCAACGGCUCCGCGAUCUUCGCGGUAAGAAGACCAUGCUCUUUGUGACGCAUCGCUUUGGUCAUUUAACCAGAACAGCCGACAAAAUCAUAGUAAUGGAGGCUGGGCAGGUUCUUGAACAGGGCACACAUUCCGACCUUUUGGCCAAGGAGGGCCUAUAUGCCCGCAUGUAUAACUCGCAGGCUAUGGCGUUCUCUACCGUAUAA